GUCUGUCUAAUUACGUGUUUCGUUUCAGCUAAUCGUUUAUAUUGUAUUUUUAGUCAUUCGAGAAAUUCUAUUACUAAUGUACUCAAUAUCAAUAUUUUAAAGUAAAAAAAACAAAAUAUAUGUAAUCAAAUUUGGUAAAAUAAUUAAAGACAUAUACACGUAAUACAUAAAAAUAAACGUUUUUUUGCAAGUUGUUGCCCAUAUUGUUAAGGGAAAGGGAACCUCAUUCACAAUUUAAAAUUAUAUUUUCCUCGUCUGCCAAGUCUUGAAUCUUUAAAAUUAACUGUGUGUUUAAUUAAAGAUAUAACUUUAAAUAGUCGCUAAUGCUCUAGAUUUAGAUAACAGCUAGGUGUUUAUUCACGUCGAUCUAGUGUACACAAGUGAUCUAGUAAAUAUAACCAAAGUUAAAAGAAUUAAAUUGCAAAUAAACCUAUAGUCGUGAGGAUGUCUGAUAGCGGAGAGAAUGACGCUGCCUGGACUCUUUAUAAAGAUCGACCAGAGUGGAGAGAUUUGAAACCGGUACCGGAGAACGAUGGUCCUUCGCCAGUCGUGGUUAUUGCUCACUCUGAAAAAUUUGAAGAUGUCUACAAUUAUUUUCGUGCAGUACUCCAAAGUAAUGAAAAGUCUGAGAGGGCACUGCAAUUAACUAAAGAUGCUGUUGAAUUGAAUCCUGCUAAUUAUACAGUAUGGCAAUAUAGGCGGGAUCUACUGCAGGCCUUGGGCACAGAUUUGAGAACUGAGUUAGAUUAUGUAGAAGCUGUCAUAAAACACUCACCCAAAAACUAUCAGGUUUGGCAUCACAGAAGAGUACUUGUGGAGUGGUUGCAAGAUCCAUCGCUAGAGUUAGAGCUAACAGGGGAUGCACUUUUGCAGGAUCCCAAAAAUUAUCACGCCUGGCAGCAUAGGCAAUGGGUCAUGAAAACAUUCGGCCUAUUUGACAAAGAACUAGAAUUUGUUGACAAUUUAAUAACCGAAGAUGUCCGUAAUAAUUCUGCAUGGAAUCAACGCUACUUUGUGAUGAAUAAUCACUUAGGUUGGUCAGAUCUGAAUGUACAAAGAGAAAUUUGCUAUACAUUGGAGAAGAUUAAAUUUGUAAAGAAUAAUGAGAGCUCAUGGAAUUACCUGAGAGGUGUUUGUUUUCACGAUAAAAGAGGAAUCAAUGGCAAUGCUGUUGUGACGUCAUUUUGCGAAGAAUUAUAUAAGAACAAAUGUCGAUCUCCAUAUUUAUUAGCUUUUAUUAUUGACAUGUGUGAUGAAGCCAUAAAGAAAGGAGAAACCAAUACUUUCCAUAAUGCUGAUAGAGCUAUACUACUUUGUCAUGAUUUAGCAACAAAAUAUGAUAAAAUCAGAAGUAAAUAUUGGAAUUAUGUCUGUGAUAAAUUCAAGAAAAUCCAAAAAGCGCAGAAUGAGACGGACAACCACGAAAAUAAUAUUGAUAAUUAAAAUUAUCUCAUUAAGUAGCUAGGAAAUAAAAAAAAAAAAUAAGCUAAACGUCUGUUAUUUUAAUGGCCUUUCAGUCUUUGUUUGAAUUUUUGUAGCAAGUGUAUAAAAGUGAACGAAAAAAUUUGCAAAAUUGCAAUAGCAACAAACCAUUUAAUUCUUAGCUUGUUGUUUCCGAUACUUUUUAUAAAUCGAAUCCAAAAUGCACAUUUUUGUGUUAUUGUUAAUACUUUAUUUUUCUGAAUGUAUAAAAGAAAAAUAAAACAUAAAAACUGGAAA